GCGGCCGGGCGGACGCUGCUCACAGCGCUCAUGCCCGCGGCCGCGCUCGGGGCUGAUCUGCGCCCCGAGCUAGCGGGGCACCAUGGCCGGGGGCUGGGGGGCAAAGGCGCAGGGCGGGGGGAUGCUGCUGGCUCUCCUCGGAUGGAUCAGCUCCUGCGUCACCACCUUCGUGCCACUCUGGAAGAACCUCAAUUUGGACCUGAACGAGCUGGAGGUCUGGAACAUGGGGCUCUGGCAGGUCUGCAUCACGCAGGAGGAGGGGGUGGUUGAAUGUCAAGCCCACGGCUCCUUCCUGGCGCUGCCCCCCGAGCUGCGCAUCUCUCGCCUCCUGAUGUGCCUCUCCAACGGGCUGGGGCUGCUGGGCUGUCUCCUCGCUGCCCUGGGGCUGGAGGGCUGGAGAACCUGCGAGGACAAACCUGGGCGAAAGCGGCGGCUCCUGCUUGGCGGGGGAGUCACGCUUGGCAUGGCAGGGAUCACCACCCUGGUGCCAGUCUCCUGGGUCGCCUACAACACCGUCCUCGACUUCUGGGACGAGACUGUCCCCGACAUCGUCCCCAGGUGGGAGUUUGGGGAGGCCACCUUCCUGGGGUGGUUUGCUGGAGCCUUCCUGGCCGCUGGCGGGCUGCUCCUCGCCUGCAGCACCCGCUCCACGAAGACCAGCACGCCGCCGGCCCCUGCCUGCCACCAGGGCUCUGCUGCACCAGGAUUGCCUGGGGGCCACCACCUGCACCCCAGAAAUGCAGACUUGGUCAUCUAGGGCCUCAGGGUGCUGUGCCCUGUGCACCUCGUGGCUCUUCCCCUGGCAGGGAGGGCUCCUGCUUGUUUCACAGGAUGAUUUGCUAUUUGCUACGGCAGCUCUGCAGGUUUCUCUCCUUCCUCUGCGUGUCUGCUUCACUUUUUCUCUGUUAAGGAGCAGCAGAUUUCCCCGCAGCACUCACCAAGCAAGAGUGGGAAGGCAACAAGCAGCAGGCAGCGUUUGUACUGCUGGUGACACCGUGGUACCAUCACUGAUGGGUGACACUGUUGGCAUCCUUGGCAAGUCCCCUGUAGCCAAGUCUGUCGUGGCUAAUGCUGCACCCCAGUGCAGCAGCUCUUUCUUUGCAUGUCUGUGUUGCUCUGAUGUAUUUGCAAUAAAUUAUCAUGUCCACUGGCAGUGUGUCUGUGCUCUGAACAUGCAGCUGUAUCUUGCAGAAGAGGGAUGCAGGGUGAGAGCUGCAUGGGGCAGCACUGCUGCUGCAGCUAUGGCUUGGUGUCUAGAAAAGAUAGAAGGAAAAGAGAGAGAAAAAUGGAAAACAAGGGGAAGGAGGAAAAUGAGAGACAAGACAGCACCGAGUUCUACUGCUGCUGCAAUGGUGGGAUGGCAGUGACUGCGUGCCCUGCAGGAACCUCAUCUUCUCAUGGCUAAGAUGAUAAAGCCGAUAAGUGCCGCAGAUCUUUGUGUCAAAAGUUCCUCGACUGCAUCAUUUACCUGCACAAGAGGCAGGAAAGGGUUUCUGCUGGUCUCAACCGUUCCUUCCACAUUUUCCUGAUUCA